AUGGCCGGUGUGGUGUGUCCCCUAAAGGUGCCUGUGGAUUUAGACAUCUACCAAAGCUCCUACAUGGUCGACUAUCAGCACCAUGGGAAGCGCAAGUACUCCAGCAUCUCACCGCAAGAGCAAGUGAAGGUGGACACUCAGCUCAGGGAAAAGGAAUUUUACAAGCUCACCCCCAGCCUCUACCCCAAGCUAGAGGAUGGAUACCCUGCCUUCAAAAGACCUUACAUGAAUGCCAGAGACCUGGGACAGCCCGGCUUCUUCCCUCCAUUGGACCGCAUGAGCACUGAGGAGCACAAAUGCACCAGCAUCUGCCCCUCAAUGUACCCAUCUCCCCAUGCUCUUAUCCUGGCCCAGGGUGAUCCGAACUGGGGCCACCAGAAUGCCAACUUCCCGUGCCUCCUGGAGUCAGAACUCCAGCCUGCUGUAGAGGAAGGCAUAGGCUACCUCCUGCUGCCCGGCUGCCUCUGUCCUCACCACCCUACAACCAAGGUUCCCAUCUUGAAUCGAUGGGGCCCCCUACUGCCGUUUUACCAGUAG